CCGUUCCGGCUGGGCCCGGCGCCGCGCCUCCCUCUCGUCCCGCCGUGACGGGAACAGUGUCGUGACGGUGACAGUGCCGUGACGUCGACAGUGUUGUGACGGUGUCAAGUCCGUGACGGUGACAGUGUUGUGACGGUGACAAGUCCGUGACGGUGCCUAAACCGUGACGCUGUCAAGGCCACCAUUACGGUGUCGAGGCCUAGACGGUGACAGUGUUGUGACGGCGUCAACGCCGUGGCAACGCCGUGACAACGCCGUGACAACGCCGUGACAACGCCGUGACAACGACCUGACUCAAGAGAUUGCAUCGCCACUGGAUUAAUUUGAGGCGCCGCCUGCCGCUCCGAGCCGUCCUCGCGGCGACAGACAGUGCGUGAGUGUUAGUGCGUGUGUGUGAGAGAGAGAUAGAAAGAGAGCGUGUGUGUGCGCGCUCGCGCUAGUGCCAGUGAGCGCGUCCAUGGUCCCUGCGGCGGCGCCCGGCCCUCGACGGCGCCCCGGGCCUCCAGGAAGACAACGUUGAAGAAGGUCGCCAUGCUGUCGUCGUGCACGGUCACGCGGACCGGGUCCGUCAUGACGGCGCUCUGGAUGUGCGUCCUGGUCAUCGCCACGCUCAACGCCAAAGGCGGCGACUGCCUGAGCAAUGUCAAGCUGGCGGUCAUCCCCCCCGCCGUGCAGCUCGGCCAGUCGGUGCGGCUGGCGUGCGACUACGACCUGGACGGCGGCCGCCUCUACACCAUCAAGUUCUACCGCGGCCGCUACGAGUUCUACCGCUACACGCAGACCCCGAAGGGCCCACCGAGCACCAAGGUGUUCGCCCUGCCCUUCGCGACCGUCGACCUCAGCCACUCCAACUCCACCCAGGUGGUUCUGACCAACGUGGGCUUCCCGAUGUCCGGCAACCUGACCUGCGAGGUGACCACGGAGAACCCGGGCAUGACGAUGGCCCAGGCCGGGGCCACCAUGACCGUCGUGGCCCUGCCACGCAGCCCGCCCAGGCUGUGGACGCAGUACGAGCGCUACGAGAUCGGCGACACGCUGCUGGCCAACUGCACCGCCCCGCCCUCCACGCCGCCUUCCCAGCUCACCUUCCAGAUCAACAACCGCACCGUUCCGUCGCUGGCCAGCACCUUCUACACGGCGGCCAACCAGGAGCAGUGGAGCACGCUCAGCAUCCACGUGGCGCUGGAGCCCCGCCACUUCCGCGCCGGCCGCCUCGCCCUGCAGUGCGUCGCCUCGCUGCCCGCCGGGUUCGCCGUCAAGUCCGAGACCCGCGAGCUGGGCGUCAAGCCCGCCGAGCCCGUCCCAGAGCGAGUGACGUCCGCCUCCACCUUGCUCGUGCAGUCCCACGCCCUGCUGCUGGUCGUGCUGGCCGUGCUGGCCAUGGCCCGAUAGUUCCACUUGGGCAUCUUCGAGUGCUUGUGUCUUCGUGUGUCUGCGUCUCUGAGCGCGCGCGUGUGUGUGUGUGUGUGUGUGUGAGUGUGUGACUGACGAAGAAGAGUGAAUGCACUGCAAA